CACAAACUUUCGUUUUGGCAGAAGUUCACGUUGUUCUCAAACGCAGAAGUCAAGAUUCUUCAAGAUGACAGGCUAUAUUCUCCUCACUGUUCUGGCGUUCACCUUUCUUCAAGGAUACACCGCUGUUUUGGAGGUGAAAGGUCCAUCUGAGCCCGUUCUGGAAGGACAGGAUGUGACAUUGGAGUGUGUGGAUACAGAAUCUGAGCUGAACAUGAGCACUGUGCACUUUCAGAGGUUCUCCAAGUACAUGAAGAGGUGGUAUCGGCUAGAGACAGAUCAGGAGUAUUUCUACCGCCGGUGUUUUCUGUAUGAUGUGGAUGUGAGAAGGGAGGAGGACAGACUGCUCCUCUUCAUCGCCAGUAUCCAGUCCUGGUCUGAUGGCCCAUACCGCUGUGUCUCUGAGAACAGUUCUGCACCAGACAACUCCUCCCAGCCCCUCACCAUCCCCAUCCACUAUAUGCGGGAGGUGUCAGUGCACAGGGCUGGUUUAGGAUACUUAACACGCUAUUUCAACUCGGUGCAGGACCUUAAAGUACAAUUAGGCGAUGAUGUGGAGCUGGAAUGUUCUACUUCAGCUUCCGAGGCACCUGAAUACUUCUGGGCUAAAGAGGGAGAUGACUGGAUUUUGCCAUCUAAUAAGUUGAAGUUGGAGAAAGUGAGUGAUCAGAAUGAAGGGAGAUACACCUGUUCGGCUCAGUCGCCCACUGUGCGGUCCCUCGUGAAGAAACGUACAAUCAGCAUCACUGUUCUACCAGAGAAUGCAGCAUGGUAUGAGUCAACCUCCAGUCAGAUUGUUCUCAUGGUAUCUGGUGCUGGAUUGGUCCUUCUGGUGGUUGUGAUAUCCAUGACCGCUUACCUCUGUCGCCGAGCCAAUCAGAGGAAUCGCAAGGGACCCAUUGAUGACCGUUCCCAGAAGAAACCCAUCUAUAGAUCCAGCGUGGAGUCCCUGCCCUCCACCGCUGGUGACAAACAGCCGCUGGUGUAAAGAGGGAGAUUGAUGGAGGACUGGAGAGGAGAGCAGAGAAAAGAAGACAAGAGAAAAAGAUGAGCGAGCAUUGGGUAUUCAGAGUAGAAGGGAGUUAAUUAGAGCGUUGGCCAUAGAUUUUGUUUCGCUCUUGGGUCUUUAUUCAGAUAUAAUUUAGAGACUGUCUAUGAAGGAAAUCGAAAAAGUAUACAAAGACGGGACAAAUUAUGGUUUUAGCUUGCUUCCUUUCCAGUGUGGAUGGCAAUAAUGCUCUUCAACAAAAGGUGUGCAAUUAUCUCUGUAUUGAUUCACCGACCCUGCAAAAUUGAGAAAUGCUGAAAAGAUGCUUUUGUCGGGUGACUUUCUUCACACCAGUCGUAUGCUGGCUUAUUUCUUUAAACUGAUUAACAUUUCUUUUUAGGAAAACCACUGUUUGCAAGCUGUACAAUCAUUUAGUCAGAUGUAGAAAUGUUAAAGUUACUGCUUUACAUAAGUAUAUAAUAUUCCGCUUUACUUGAAAAGACAGUAGAUAAGAUCCAGAUUAACACUGAACCAAUUACUAGAAGCACGUUGAAACUUGCACUUUUUUUUACACAAGUUUGAUUUUUCCAUAUCUUUGAAUUUAAAGCUAUUAAAAUGACUUUACAACAUAA